UAGCUGCAUUUCUAUCUUGACUGUUGGAUAAUAGUUGAUGAACAUCUUGUAACAAGAAUCUGUUUGCUUUAUUAUUAUUCUUUGUAAAGUAGGAGCAGACCACGCUGAUAUGUUUGAUUUUCUUUCUGGUGAUAAUGUUGGUAUUUUUUAAAAUGUGGUAUUCUACUAUAUGAUCUUUGUCCUAAUACAAAAUUCACGCUCUUUUUGUCUGAUAAGUUGACAAAAGAUUGCCCUUUUAUUUCUUCUUUAAGGUCAUUUUUAGGAUGUUAUCGUCAUUGGGGGAGGUCUUCACUUGUUCUAAUCUGGUCCUAUUUGGUAUAAAGAUCCUAAAUUCCAGAGCAUGUCAUAUAUUUCCAGCUUUUAACUAAUUUUGGAUUUAACCUUGUCCCCUAAGAGAAGUAUCAGAUUCAAAGAAAUUCAUCUUGAAUGGUAACUGGAAGUGGAGACACAGAUGGGAGAGUACCAGUUACUUCAACCAAGUACUCCAUUAAAAAGAUGAAACUUGAUGUCAAGACUUUAUGGCAUCCAUGGUUAAUUGGUGGUGAGGUUGAUGGGUAUACACAAGUAUAUGAAGGGGAGUUGACAUUUGCAACAGUAAGAGGAGCAGGUUAUCAACCUAUAAGAGCUCUCUCACUCAUCACACACUUCCUUCAUGGAUCACCUCUCCCUGAUACUUCAACAUCUGCCAGAUUAUUAAUCUGUUAUGCUUUUUUCACGUUUGUAAUUUUCCUCUAAUCAAUAAUAAUUAAUGUACAAAAUUGGGAUUUAUCCUUUUUGACUGAAUAGAAAUGAAAUAUAUUAUUCUUGAAAC